GAAAAGCAAGUUGGAGGUUUCGCAUUGCCUUGUUUACAAACUACAGCCAUCUAAACUUUUAAGCAGAAAGUCGGGUAACUCAGAUGUUUCUCUAUAAAAGUGGUCUUGGUAGAUCAUCUACGCUGAAAAAAAAACCAAACAACUUUUGGCUCGUUGGACGCUGUAGUACCGUACCACCAAUCACGCUACGGGGAAUUGAUAACCCGGAAGUAUAAAGGCUAUAGUAUAGCAGGGGCAUCGCGGAAGUAAUGUAAACUCUGCACGUUGUUGCGGACUUAGUUGACUUAUUAUUCGGCCAUGGAGAAGUAUGGCGAAGUGCGGGAAAGCUGGCGGAAGAGUGUAUUGUCUUGGCUGCCGCAUGUGCAGCUUACUACCGGGGUUGUUCUGACUGUGCUGACUUCUCUAAUAGUUUCGGCUCCGGCGCUAAUUAAAGUGGACAAUAAGGAUGAUGUGGGACCUCUGUUUGAUUUAGAGCCUGGGUCUCUGGGAAUCACAACAGGGUACAAAUUGUUCAUCUACAUCUAUUUCCAUGAGGAUUUUUCAUCUCUGGUGUGCAGCACCCUGAUAAUUUGGUUCUUUGGAGGAGGCUUUGAGGAGAAUGUCGGUACAGCAAAGUUUUGGCUUCUUACACCUUUCUUCGCAGUAUCUUCAGGACUUCUCUACCUGGCAAUCCUGGCCACAGGCCUCAGUUUUCAAGCAAAUGUGACAGUCCAAGGCUUCACAAGUGUGGCCUUUACCAUGCUGAGUGUAUUUACCAUUCGCUCCCAUUUCAAACGCAUGUUGUUCUUUGGGUUCAUGGUACCAACUAAAAUGCUGCCUCUGUUCUUUCUAAUCCUGGCAUUGUUUCUUCCUCAUGCUCCAGUUCUCAGCAAUGUUUGUGGAAUUCUAGUUGGCAUUGCUUAUGGCAUGAGUGGCUUCUUUUGUCUUGAUCUUCCGGAAUCGAUAAUGUCACGAAUAGAUCAGAUAUUUCUGUGUAGAUUACUGAAACGCAUUCCAAUUUGGACUUAUGUGCCUGGUUCUUCUGCUGAGAGGAAUGCUGCUCAAAGUAGGAAGAUAAACCCACCACCAGGAUCCUACCCUACACAGCAGUUUUACACUACUCCUCAAGGACUCCAUGAGGCCUAUUCACCAUAUCACAACCCCAAAGCUUCUGGACUUGUGUCCCCAGCAAUGGCACCUGUGGGCCCCUCACCAUAUUCCAUGACUUCUCCUCCAGGGGCAUUUUAUCAGACACAUCAUAUGUGCUCAGGGGGACACUCUCAUUUAGAUGCUUCCACAUCUACAACUGUAGGUGGAGUUGGUGUUCCACCUGGUAAUGAUUUGCAGCAAGUACGGACACAGUAAAUAUUUAUAGCUCUUGGACAAGUUUAAUACCUGGUAGCAACAGAUUGGAUUUUCACAAGAAGCAAACACUAUUCCAUGUAAUAGAAAGCAACAUUUUGUGUGUCCUUAAAUGUUAUAUAACUCCUACCUGCUACUGUUUUUCAGGUACCUGAAUACAUAUACUAGUGUGCCUGUCUGCUGCUACUAACCAGUUUAAGCCUUAAUAUUACAUUUCCUAUGGAGAAAUCAAAAAUGUGGGGCCCAGUCGUUAAAGCACGAUUGCUUUAAAGUUCUAAUUGUUAGAACUUUUCGUAUUGACCAUGAUAUUGUUAAAAUAGUAUGACUUUUUCGUGGUUUUCGUUAAAUUCCACGAAAAAGUCAUAUUUUUCACAAAGACUACGACCAUUUCAGAAUUCAUUUAAGCUUUGGUAUUGUGACUUUAUUUUGGCCAGGUUGGAGAUGUAGAGUGCCAUUGGAAGGCUUCCAAAAUCAUGCAUUGAAGUUUCAGAAAGGUUUUUGCUCCAUUUACGAUCGUUCAGAUACAAAAAUUUUGUGAGAAUUUUUGCACAUCAGAAAUUAUUGUGGUUACUGCAAAUUUUUUCCAAUUGUGCUUUUCAUUGGUGAAAAUGUGUGCUUUAAUGAAUGGGCCCCUAUGUGUGUCAUUGGACUGAAAUUCUCUGAUUUGCACUGAGUAGUUAUGUUAGAUAGGAUACCUUUUAUUUUGCACUCAACAAAGCUCAAAAUAUGUUGCUCUUAUUUGAAGGGGCAUUUUAUUUUCUUGUAUAAGCAAUUUUAUUAGAGUUUGUAUUCAUGGCUAUAUUUAACAAGUGUCCUUGUUAAUGGGGAAAUACCCCUCUACUAAUUUACAGAUGAUGCAGGAUCUGUACAUGCUGUAAAAGGGUCAGUAGUAACAAAAUCAUAAGCAAGUUCUUUCUAAACAUGCAUUUACAGCUUUUACUACAUCCUUAAUGAAACUCUACUACCUUCAUGGGGCAGUCUCAUAGGGUAGUCUCCUAGGGUCCAUGUUAAUGGCUAUAAUUGUAUUGGGGAGCGUAUCAUUGCCUGGAUAGGUUACAAUAUAGUGCAAUUGAAGACUACAGAGUUUUACACCAUUUUGUUCUGUCACUUUUUCUUUGUAAAUAUACCCAGUGACCAUUCUUUCUGAUAGCCUGUCAAAGAGUAUUAACUUCCCUUGGUUCUAUAGUCUUGCCAGUUUUUAAAGGAGAAGGAAAAGCUAAGUCACUGGAGGGGUUCCAAGCUCUGAGUGGCUGUUUGGUAGCCCCUUUGUUGAUUGGCAGCCUACAGGAAGCUCUGUUUAGAACUACAGCAGGUUUUAUGCAAAAAAAAAAAGCACCUAUCUACACUUUGCACUUUAUUUUAUGACAACUGAAGUAGUUGUCACUAUAUACAUGGAUUAUAGAAUGUCAUGGUACAAAUCGCUUAAAUAUGAUUGCAUGCUUUAAAGCAGUGGUUGGAGUAGAAUGUCUUUAUUGGGCUUUGGAGAAAAUAAUUUUUGUGGGACUCUCUCUAUUUGUUAACAUUAUGUUUUAGGCUUCAAUACCUGCCCAAAGCAACCACAGCCCUUUAGCAGGGAAGAUCUGUGCCUCCAAAGAUGUCCACAGUAGCUCCCCAUCUUCUUUUCUGCUGAUUCCCUGCACGUGCUCUGUGCUGCUGUCAGUUACUGAGCUUCGGGGCUGACUCACUGAAUACCUAGGAUAUAAAUGUAACUGUAUAAGGCUGAUUAUUAUUAAAUGUCAGCUCUGAAACCAAUGAAAUUGGCAUCAGAAUUUAAAGGAAUACUGUCAUGGAAAACAAAAUGCAUCAGUUAAUAGAGCUGCGCCAGCAGAAUCCUGCAAAACAUUUUUUUUGUCACAUGGGGCUAGCCAUUCUCUUUAUUUCCCAGGGUGCCACAGCCAUGUGACCUGUGCUCUGAUAAACUUCAGUCACACUUUACUGCUGAGCUUCAAGUUGGAGUGUUAUCACCCCCCUCCCAGCAGCCGAUCAGCAGAACAAUGGGAAGGUAGCAAGAUAGCAGCUCCCAGUAGAUAUCAGAAUAGCACUCAAUAGUAAGAAAUCUUUGGCUUGGGACUCCUCCAGUUACAUGGGAGUAGGAGAAACAAUAGGUUAUCUGAAAGCAGUUCUACUGUGUAGCGCUGGUUUAUUAUCUGGCACAGUGCACUGUGAUGGCUGCCUACACACCAAUAUUACAUCUAAGAAUAAAUUUUAAAAUGGUAGAGUGGAAUAUUUGCUGUGUAAUUUAAUAAACCUAAUUUUUUAAGCCCUGAGCUAAACAUCUCCACAGCUGCCCAGAAUGCACUGAGCAUGUGCAGUGUCACAAAUUUGAAGGCCUGGAUCAUUGCUUCUAUAGAGAGGCUAAACCUUUGGACUGAUGCAGUAAGUUCAAUAUCCUGUAUGAAAUAUGGUAUUUCUACCCAUAUUUGUUUUUAGGGUUUAGUUCUCCUUUAAACAUGGAAGCUGGCGCAAGAAUAUAUCAGAAUUAGAAGUUAUCUGUGAGAAAAUGUGUGCAAAAAUCCCUUCCACAAGAACUUCAAACUUUUUUUGUCAAGCUGUACCUAAAUGUUGACUUACUAGGAUGUCCAAACAGUUGCACAUGCCACAAUUUCUGUUUUAUUUGUUACUACAUUUUAAAGUAUUUGAAAUAAAACAUUUGCAAAUGUUUGCUUUUUUUAACACA